CCAACAUACCCUUUCCGCAGAUGCAGAAGACGAAUACAAAAGUACCCUACCUGGUCGCGUGCUCUCCACGCUAGAACUUAAACAGUAGGGGAGCACGUAUAUCCAACCAGGGGUAGUGGCGUCAUUUAACGGAACUCUGUGAUACGACGUAGGGGAACGCGAGCAGGUACUGUUUUUUUUUUCCUUAUUAAGAGAGAGAGAGGGAGAGAGAUCGAUCGUGGACUUACCGGUGACGGAGCGGGUUUCCCCAACAGCUGCUGUCUUCAAUUCUCAACCUAACCGUUAGCUGUCGGAAGAUUAAUAUUUCUGUCUUUUCUUCCCGGUGUUUCUUUGCGAUCGAUGGUUCCAUUGAAGCAGAAAUCGUGGUAAUCUUCGUAUAUCAGCUUCCUGAUCGACAAGAGAGACCUCAAAUCUCUGUAAAGAUGGCGAUUGUCUACGCAGUGGUCGCCAGGGGAACAGUCGUGCUUGCUGAGUUCAGCGCUGUCUCAGGCAAUACAGGCGCCGUUGCUCGAAGGAUCCUGGAGAAAUUACCGUCCGAGGCUGAUUCGAGGCUGUGUUUCUCGCAAGAUCGAUACAUAUUCCACAUACUUAGAUCUGAUGGAGUUACCUUUCUCUGCAUGGCGAAUGACACCUUCGGAAGGAGAAUCCCUUUUUCAUACUUGGAGGAUAUCCAUAUGAGAUUCAUGAAAAACUAUGGCAGAGUGGCUCACUCUGCACCAGCUUAUGCAAUGAAUGACGAAUUUUCAAGGGUCCUACAUCAGCAGAUGGAAUUCUUCUCCAGUAAUCCUAGUGCAGACACUCUCAACCGUGUAAGAAGCGAAGUUGGUGAGAUACGCACAAUAAUGGUGGAGAAUAUUGACAAGAUACUGGAGAGAGGUGACCGGAUUGAACUUCUCGUGGACAAAACUGCAACAAUGCAGGACAGUGCCUUUCACUUCAAAAAGCAGUCCAGGCGUCUUCGUCGUUCUCUUUGGAUGAAGAAUGCUAAGUUAUUGGCCAUGCUGACCUGCUUGAUAGUAGUGUUGCUGUACAUUAUUAUAGCUGCUUGUUGUGGGGGCGUUACUCUUCCUUCAUGCCGAUCUUGAUAUGUAGCUUGACUGGUAUCCAAGUUCUCCCGAGUUAUGUAGUGGCUGCAUUUAAGAAUGUUGCUUACUUCUCUAUAGUUGAGUGAGGCUCCAUAUGUCCCAAGGCACGGAAUAUCUAAAUAUGUUGGCAAAUGCUGAUUUACCGCAUCUACGAGGGUCCCCAAAAAUAACCCUGGCAAUCAUCCCUGCAGAAGCUCCAAAUAUUCCGUUUGGCGAACUGUGGUGUGAUAUCCUUCCUGUCAUUCUCCUUCAUUAAUUGUUGCAGAUUUUGUCUAUUGUGUGUACUGUAAAUUUCAAAAUUUUCUUGUAUAUUAUUUUUAUUAUCCAUUGUGAAAGAUUAGCUUCUGCUCAUAUUAAUUUUGGUUGCCAUUUGUGUAGGAGAGUUGCUUUUGCUGUUUGAAUUCGUAUUUAUUAUAAAAAUUGGAAAAAAUCGCUCUCUCUAGAA